AUGGGACUCUUGGGACAAACAGUGCGUAACUUUCAACUGCGGAAAAUUCUUGACCAUGGUGAAGCACAUAUAAAUGAAAAUCAUCAACAACAACAACAGCAACAACAACAACUGCAACUGCAGCGAUUAAUACCAGAGGUGGAUGAAGAAGAUAACCCAAAUCCCGCUCGUCUAUCACUUGAACCUGAUGGCGAGUUUACAUCAAACCAAAUAGCGCCACUGUCUCUUUCAUCUCCACCCACUUUAUCAGAUUCCAACGCAAUAAAUAAUACCGCACCAUCAUCAUCAUCAUCUGCUUCUUCUUCUUCUUCCUCUUCCUCUUCUUUUCCGUCGUCAUCGGCAGAUCUUGAAUCACAAGUGCCACCGCGCCUCACACCAAAACAGCGCGUACUACGAGUGUUACACCAUUUCGUUCCAAUACGACAAACGUAUCAAAGACUAAGCAAUGGUAUUCAGACAGGCCGCAUGGAGAGGAAUGUACCAGGGAGGUUUAUAGGUCAGGGCACUGAUGGUGUGUUUCAAAAUCUUAUGGCAAAACCAGAUACCGCAGAAGCUUUACUUCAACAAGAGCGAGAGUUGCAUCCACCAACCUACGAAGAGGCAAGCCAGGAUGCUAGCCCAGAGUAUUGGGAAUCAACAAUGAUCUCCCCCAUGUACGAUGACGAAGUAUUUGUGCAAGGCCUUCCAGUUGGAAACAUUGCCAACUUUGUAUGGAAUGCAUUGGUGACUGUGGCAUUCCAGUUUGUUGGAUUUAUCCUAUGCUACCUAUUGCAUACAUCACAUGCAGCAAAACAAGGCUCAAGGUUUGGCCUUGGUGCCAAUUUGAUCUUGUACGGAUGGAACAUCAUCCCAAUGAAUAUGGGCAACCCAAACGAAUUACCAAAGAAAAUUGUGAUUGAAGACCCCAACGAAUUUGACAUUGAUAGGAAUGCGAGAUUAAUGGGGAAAGUGGAUGCGUAUACUGCUGGCGGUGUAUUCAGCCAGACUCAAAAUAUAGACGACUCUGUUGGAGGCGCAGACAGUAACGGUGGCAACCACGGGUCUGCCCCGUAUGUUGCAUAUGCGUUGAUUGCAUUUGGCUUAUUUAUUAUCGUCAAAAGUGUAAUUGAUUUUUACAAAAUCAAACAGUUGGAGAAAUCAAUUUUACAACCAUCUUCAGGAACCACCGUUGUAAACAGUCUAACAGGGCAUGUUGAAAAUGACGAGGAAACAAGUAAUGAGAGAACAACUGCUCAAACCUCGAAUUAG